AUGGUACAUACCAGUGUUUUCAAAGGCAUGCUUAGGCACGCGUUGAGGCGCGCUUCGGAGCGAGGCAGCGGUGAUUCGCCUCAGGCGCAGCUCAGUUUAGCGAAUGUCAUGAAAGGCGUACGCCUUGAAGUCGAGGCGGCCACUAAACGCAGAUGCGCUGUGAAAGGCGCAAGCCUCGCGAGGAAGACAGAGUUCCUUUAUUUGAAAAAUCUGAUUCCGGACGACGUCGUUUGCAUGGGCUGUGUUGUUUCGUUUCCCUCUAGUUAA